AAAAUUGAAAUAAAUCAUUUAAAAUGGCUGAUAUUUUGUGUUUUAAGCCAAAUUAGAUGAUGGUGGCUCGAUGAUGCAGAUGAUGCAGAGUUUUGUAUAAGGAAGUCAAUUAAGUAUCCCUGCAGUCAUUAACAUAUAUUGCAUUUAUAUUACUCUAAACCAUUGUAAUAUGACAGAAGAAACUCAAGAUAGAAAUAAUGGAGAUGAAUGGACACCUCCAGAUGACAUGGUCCCUGACAAUCAGUUCACAUCAUCAUGGAAAUCUGCAUGGAAACAAAUAAUUAUCAAAGUUACCUUAGAGAAUGGAAAAGAAAUAGGGACUGCAGACGCAACAGGAACAUUGAUGCCUGUUAAGAUGCAGUUCUUAAUGACACAUCAUAGGGAUAGACUGGAGCCAGUAAUUAAAGCAAUCUCAAGUCUACAAAUAAGCAAAAUAAAUUUUGCCGAGGAAUUUCUAGAAGUAAAAGUGAAAUCAGAACCACCACUUGCAGUCAUUUCAGAAAUUGUCAACUGUUUGACCAAUGAGUUUGAUGAAGUAAUUCUGAAAACAGUACCAAAGCUACCUUUUACAUUACAAAUGGCAGAAGAGGUUUUACAGGAACAACUUGCAGCAAAGAGCAUAGAUCUGGUAGAGGAUAACACAGCAAUGUUCAUAAUUGGGUUUUACGACUCCAAGAGUCUUAUAAACAAACUAAUUGAGCAAAUCACAAGUUCAUCUGUCAAAAAAGCAGUUUCUUUAGAUGAAAAAUGGAAGACAAUGGCUUUGAAAAGGUUUGGUUUGUUAGAACAACUAUCACAGAAAUUUUAUGAUGUUAACAUUGGACUACAAGAAGAGCAAAACUGUGUGUAUUUUCAAGGCCAGGAUAUCAAGGUUCAAGAAGCAAUACAUGCAAUGAACAAAUGUUUAUCUUCUCUUCUUAUGAAGAAAAUUCAAUUUGAUCCCUUAGUUAUUCAGCUAUUAACAUGCAGUGAAGCUUCUCUUCUAUUUUGUGAAAUACUUGAAAAGGAAAAUAUCCAACUGGUUUGGAAAGUAGAUAAAUCUGGCGCUGAAGGUCUGCAAUUUUAUUGCAACCAGGAUAUAAAUGUGUGCAUAGUCAAAUCUGCCAUUUAUGAAAACUUUCUUUCCACUGGGCUAUCAACCUCAGAUGAAGGAUGUGAAAAUGCAAAUGCUUUUCAUAAAAGCCAAAUUUUUACAGAUAUCAUUGCAAAAAAUAGAAAUAAAUUGUUAGUUUGUAAAUAUACAGACAAAGGAAUAUUGAUUGCGUCUACUAAAGAAAUCAUUAAAGAUCUAUUUCACCAGGAAAGAUUGUUCAGAAAAAAAACUUGCAUAUCAAAGUCUAUACAAGUUGAUACUAUUGGUGAGGAGGUGUCAAAACUGAAAUCACAAAAGGCAGAAUUAGAGACACAUAUUCAACACCUUGAAAUGAAAUUGAAAUUAGUAGGAAAAGAUGUUGUGGCUACCAAUACUACAGCUGAAAAUCAAGAGCAGAUUCUGCAUAUUGAUACAAGUCAACAAAUAGCCAGAGACACACAUGCUACUUUCAUGAACAAGGACAGUAAAGUUAAAACAGAGACUAAAAUGGGAGACAUAGCUGCUCAGGUUGCCAUGCCCAAGGCAAAAAAACUAUCUGACAGUUUCAUACAAUCAACUAACUGCCAAUCUUUCAUUACAAAAGAAGAGAUAGUCAUCAGAGUGUAUGUUGGAAGUAUUCUGAAACUUAAUGUGGAAGGUAUUUUUGGUGUACCAAAAGAAAUAUGCCGCCAAAUGUAUUGUCAGGCAGUUAUAAGUUACAGCAAAAAGCAAGGGAAGUUAACCUCAUUGAAAGAGAUACAUUUUAUUGACAAAGACCAAGAUAUGAUAGCAAUGGUACAGCAAGAGUUCAGUAAGCACUUAACAUGUAUUCAACAGAAGCCUUCAGCAGAACCAGUAGGCCAAACACCAAAGACAAAAGAAUCAACAUUCAACAAACAAUACAUGACAAGAGUAGGGUUUAAAGUUCAAAUUUUGCAAGGCGAUAUUACAAAAUUGAGAGUAGAUGCCAUUGUGUGUCCACAAGAUGAACAGUGUCAGUCAAGAGGAAUGAUAGCAAGAGCCAUAGAGAAUGUAAAUGAUAAUGUAUACAAAAGAGAUGUGACUGGAAUGAAAAUGAUACAGAAAUGUGAGGUCAGAUUAUGUAAGGCAUCCCCUAAAACACUGCCAUUUACGUAUGUCCUUCACACAGUACCACCAAGAUUUGACAAAAAUUCAGCAAAGGACAGUUCCAAGUUUAAUAGAGAACUACAGAUAACCUUACAGAAUAUAGUAAAGUUAUCCAACGACAGACAGGACAUCAGUACUGUAGCAGUGCCUGUCCUCGGUAUAGGUACUGAUGGCCUUGAGACCCCAUAUGCAAUCUUUUCAUCAGUUCUGGCAGCUGAAAUCAUGAAAGCAACACAGUCAUCAUGGUUAAAUUUCCAAGAGAUCAUUAUUGUCACUAGUGAAUGGGGAAUGGCUUAUGCAAUAGCAGAGCAAUUAGACAAAGAGCAAGGCUUAACUCAAGUUACAUCUUUUCAAAGAAGUAGAAGGCGUCAAAAUAAAGAAUAGGAAUAAUAAUACAGAAUUAUUUUACAUCAAAUGAGAAAUUUAAGUUAAUAUAUGUUCCUGUUGUGAUUUUCAUUGUUAUCUGCUAAUGUAUUUUGAUUUAGGCAUUUUAAGUGCUAGAUAUUUAAAGUGGGAUAUAAUAAGUGCUAAAUAUAUUAAGUUGGAUAUAAUAAGUGCUAAACAUAUUACGUUGGAUAUAAUAAGUGCUAAAGUGCUAAAAACAAGGAAUUAUUUGAAUCUAGCAUUAAUUUAAAUUCUAGAAAAUUGAUAAGAAAUGUAUGAUGAAAUCUAACCAAACUAAAUACGACAAGCCAUGCAUGCAUGGCUAAGGGGGUUAGUAAGUUCAUACUGAAUUAUCAGUUAAAGAAACUUUGAACACAAAAGUUGGGUUAGUUUUCAUCAUACAUUACUUAUCAAUUUUCCAGAAUUCAAAAUUAUUCCAGAUUCAAAUAAUUUCUUGUUUGUAUAUUUAAAGUGGGAGAUGAUAAGUGCUUAAUAUUUUUAUUUGGAAUAAGGAAGAGUUAAAUGUUUUCAGUUGGGAAUUCAUAAGUGUUAAUUGUGAAUUUAAGAGGGAACAUAAAUCUGAGAAUUAUUUGGGGAAUAUCUUGUUCUGCCUCAUUUCACUUCUUCAUCAAACUCCUUUUACAAGUUUUUGACCUAUAACGAGGAUUUACUUUGAUCUAAAUACUAAAACAGAUUGGUGAAAACUGUGAACAGAAAAUAUGACCAGUAAUACAAGAUAUGUGUUAGAUUGGUGAGGAUUUCAGGCUUCUAUUACAUCAAAAUGUAAAUUAAGUUUUGUCUUCAAAUGUGCUGUUUUGAAAGAAACGUUUUUA